CACAGAGAGGUGGAUGUGUUUGUUCCACUGCCACUUUUUGCUUAGAAGAUGUGAACUUCUUUACCAUUUAUUGUUUUGUAGUGGUACCUUGGAUUAACGUGACGUUAGGUCAUCCGACCUAGUUUCUUUUGCACAACGGAAAGAUGCAGAUCGGAUCAAGUUUGGAAUAAAACUUGGAUUGCGCGCUGGCAUGGCACGUCGGUGGUGUCCCCACUUGGAUAGAAGCUGUUUCAGUGUGUCAUGGUCCCAAUAUUCGUGGUGAGUUCGUCUGGGAAACUAUGGAGCAGAGCAAGAGACUUUGCUGCUAUGUUUUCAUCACGGUGGGGCUCUGUCUGAGCUCAGCACAAGUCCUCAGGAUCGGUGGAAUUUUUGAGACCAGAGAAAGUGAAUUAGUGAGUAUGGAUGAGCUGGCUUUCAAGUUUGCUGUCAAUAACAUAAACCGCAACAAGACUCUGAUGCCCAACAUGACUCUCACCUACGACAUCCAGAGGAUCAAUGUCUUUGAUGGCUUUGAGGCUUCCAGGAGAGUAUGUGACCAGUUGACUCUUGGGGUGGUUGCAGUGUUCGGCCCAUCACACAGCUCAUCGGUUAGUGCAGUUCAGUCCAUCUGCAACGCCUUGGAAGUACCUCACAUCCAGACUCGCUGGAAGCACCCAUCAGUGGACAACAAAGACACAUUUUUCAUCAACCUGUAUCCCGAGUACACUGCAAUCGCCAGAGCCAUCCUGGACGUAGUCACUUUCUUCAAAUGGAGAAAAUUAACUGUGAUCUAUGAAGACAGCACAGGUCUAAUGCGAAUGCAGGAGUUGAUCAAGGCACCAGCAAAGUUAAACUUAAAGAUCAAGAUCCGCCAACUCAGCCCGAGUAACCAAGAUGCCCGACCAUUGCUUAAGGAACUUAAGAAAGACAAGGAGUUUUUUAUUAUCUUUGACUGCUCCUAUCGCACAGCAUCAGAACUCCUAAAGCAGCUUUCAUCAAUGGGAAUGAUGACAGAAUACUAUCAUUUUUUCUUCACAACUUUGGAUUUGUUUGCAUUAGAUCUGGAGCCCUACCGCUACAGCGGGGUCAACAUGACAGGAUUCAGACUGCUUAACUUUGACGACCCAAAGGUGACUUCCACGAUGGACAAGUGGGCCAUGGACAGAAUGCAGGGUCCCAAACAAGAGAGUGGCCUGAUAGAUGGAAUCAUGACUACAGAUGCAGCCUUGAUGUAUGAUGCAGUGUACAUGGUUGCUGUUGCCUCCCAGCGGGCCACUCAGAUGACCGUCAGCUCCCUGCAGUGUCACCGCCACAAACCUUGGCGCUUUGGACCUCGUUUCAUGAACCUGUUCAAAGAGGCACAGUGGGAUGGACUGACAGGGCACAUUGUUCUCAAUAAAACAGAUGGCCUGAGGAGAAACUUUGAUUUGGAUAUCAUCAGUCUCCAAGAGGACGGCACUUCCAGGGGUAUUGUGGAAGGUGCAAGUCGCCUCACGAAAAGGUGGAUCAAGGUUGCUGUGUGGAACUCAUACAAAGGGAUGACCCUGAUGGAGAAGUCCAACCGGGACAAGAAUAACAAUGUGACAGACUCGAUGGCUAACAGGACACUUAUUGUCACCACCAUACAGGAAAAUCCAUAUGUGAUGGUCAAAAAGUCAGACAAGGAGCUGGUUGGAAAUGAUCGUUAUGAAGGAUACUGCAUGGACCUCCUCAAAGAACUCUCAAACAUAUUAGGUUUUACGUAUGAAGUCAGACUGGUGGGUGAUGGGAAAUAUGGAGCCCAGAAUGACAAGGGAGAAUGGAAUGGGAUGGUUCGGGAGCUGAUCGACCAUGUUGCAGACCUUGCUGUGGCUCCUUUGACCAUCACCUAUGUUAGAGAGAAAGUCAUCGACUUCUCCAAGCCCUUCAUGACUUUAGGCAUCAGCAUCCUCUACCGGAAACCUAAUGGCACCAAUCCAGGCGUGUUUUCCUUCCUUAAUCCUCUGUCUCCGGACAUCUGGAUGUAUGUGCUGUUAGCCUGCACUGGAGUCAGCUGUGUGCUCUUUGUCAUUGCCAGGUUUACUCCAUACGAGUGGUACAACCCACAUCCAUGCAACCCCUCCUCAACUCUAGUGCAGAACAAUUUUACUUUAUUAAACAGUUUCUGGUUUGGCAUUGGAGCUCUCAUGCGGCAAGGCUCAGAACUGAUGCCUAAGGCUUUGUCCACUCGGAUAGUUGGGGGUAUCUGGUGGUUCUUUACUUUAAUCAUUAUCUCCUCCUAUACGGCCAACUUAGCAGCCUUCCUCACUGUGGAAAGAAUGGAUGCACCCAUCGACUCUGCAGACGACCUGGCCAAACAGACCAGGAUUGAGUAUGGGGCAGUAAGAGAUGGAUCCACUAUGACCUUCUUUAAGAAAUCAAAAAUCUCCACCUAUGAGAAGAUGUGGGCUUUCAUGAGCAGUAGGAAAAACACUGCAUUGGUGAAGAAUAACAAGGAAGGGAUCACCCGGGUUUUAACAACAGACUACGCCAUGCUCAUGGAGUCCACAAGCAUUGAGUACAUCAGCCAGAGAAACUGCAACCUCACACAGAUUGGAGGUCUUAUAGACUCCAAGGGCUAUGGAGUGGGAACACCUAUUGGUUCUCCAUACAGGGACAAAAUCACAAUUGCCAUCCUUCAGCUGCAGGAAGAAGGGAAGCUCCACAUGAUGAAGGAGAAGUGGUGGAGAGGAAAUGGUUGUCCAGAGGAGGACAACAAAGAGGCCAGUGCUCUGGGUGUGGAGAACAUUGGUGGUAUCUUCAUUGUCCUGGCUGCUGGUCUAGUUCUUUCUGUGUUUGUUGCUAUUGGAGAGUUCAUCUACAAGGCCCGAAGGAACGCUGACAUAGAGGAGCAGUGCAUGUCUUUUAGUGCUGUGAUGGAGGAGUUGGGAAUUUCUCUGCAGUGUUACAAAGGGACCCGGCGGAGAUCACGACCACACAGUACAGCAAGGUCCCCCUGCAUCCUCUGUCAACCCAAACGGCUUGCAAGGAGGGAAGAAGGGAGGCACGACUCCAGAACAUGAAACUUGGAUUUAAAAAAAGUAAACAUUUACAUCAAAGAGUUCUGUUUGAUCAUUUUCCACCUCUCAGAUCUGUUUGUGAGCCACCAACCUGAUGUAAAGUCUUUUAAUCAUCAUUCUUUUCUUUAGACAGACUACGUAGAAAUAAUAGCACUACACUGUAGAUGUAGUUUACAGAAUCCCAACCCUGUAUUAGCAUUCAUGUUAAAACAGGUUAUGACUGUAAAAAUAAAACCUCUUUCAAAGUUUAAACCAUUUUUGUUCCCUUGUGGCUAUAGUUAUAAGUAAUCUGCAGAAUUGAAUCUGCAAACUUUAUAUUCUCCUAUUGUGUAUGUGUAUAACAACUUCACUGAUUUACAGAA